UGAAGCUGGGUCGGUCGUAAGUCUUGGUCUCAGUCGCUCUUUUGAGGUGGAGUGGGGCAGUACCCUGCUCGGUCCCUUCGUCCCGUGCUGGUCCAAGGAGUGCCUUUCCUUUGCCAUGUUUGUGUUGUGCCUCUCCGCAUGUUGGAUUAUUCUGAAAAAUUGCCGUGUCCGUUAAAUCCGUUAAAACCGUUAGGCGGCGAAUGACGGAUGUGUUUUGGUUUAUUUCGGUUUUGUUUUUCAAUUUUGAAGUUCGUCUUACUGACGUGGAAUCUAUUGAUCUUAUAAGUGAAGAUCUUUUGAAGUGUCGUAGUGUUCCCUGGAUGAGAAAGAGCUAGUCCGAAAAUAGCAGAAAAAUAAGCCAAAGAGCAUCGGAAACUCGGCCAAGAUAAUCCUCAGUGAAAGCAAUCUGUUCACACAAUCUCAGGUUGAAGGCGAGUGACAGUGAUGGGCGUGAUGGCAGCGACAGACGCCACCCGAAGUGCUGUAGCAUAGGCCACCCACACCGCCCACUGCUAAUGAGCAAAAUCUCUCUCUCUCGCUCUCUCUCUCUCCUUUCUCUUGCAUCUCUCCGCCGUAUACAAAGCCACCGGCCACCGCUCUCUCGCCUCCAUUCCAGCCGAUGACGCUUGACCGGUAACAGAGAGCCUUUCGUGUGCAGGAUGCGAUGAGAGGCAGGUCGUCGCUUGUGUCUCCGUGGGUGUCACCUCCUUCAGGAUGCAGACUGCCUACGCCCGUAUGGUCUACGACCGCCACCAGCAGCGGCUGCAUCGGCGGGACGACGUGGAGGUGACUCGUGCGACCACCAUCAAACACUGGUUCAAGGAUGCGUGCAGAAAGCUCAUUGCGUUUAUGUUUACGCAGGUGGGCGUGUGCGGGCUCGUCGUCGCCUACAACAUCGUCGGCGCCUUCGCCUUCCGAGCCAUCGAGGGCGACCACGGCGACGGAACUCCCGAAGAACUGGCCAAGGACCUUCGGGAGCUGCUGGUGGGACGCCUGUGGAACGUCACCCUCAGGUUGAACGUGCUCGAGGAGGACCAGUGGAGGAAGGAGGUGGUAGGGGCGCUCGAGGAGUACCAGGGCAGAGUGGUACCUCUGGUGAAGACGAAAGGGUACCGGGGUGUUCAUCCGACGGAGGCCUGGUCGUUCUCGGCGAGUUUGAUGUACUCGCUCAGCGUCUACACGACUAUAGGCUACGGCAACAUGACUCCCCGCACAGAAUGGGGCAAAAUCACCACCAUCCUUUACGCUAUCGUCGGCAUGCCCCUUAUGCUCCUCUACAUGUCCAAUGUCGGGGAGAUUCUAGCCAAAGCGUUCAAGUUCCUCUACUUCAGGGCUUGCAGGUGUGACAUCGGGUCCCUCGGCUACUACAGGUCAGCGAGCGGUACAAUCAGACCCGUGACUGCUUCCCCGUCGAGAGGCAACGCUCUAAAGGCGUCGUCGGGAGAGAAACCUCGGCCGCGGACCAUCCCUAUCACGUGGUGUCUCCUCGUCAUAGCCAUCUACGUGUUCUGCGGCGGCCUCGUGUUCUCGCAGUGGGAGCGGUGGUCGCUGCUCGAUGCCUGCUACUUCGCUUACAUUUCCCUCAGCACCAUCGGGUUCGGCGAUCUGGUUCCGGGUCGCACAGUAGCGGGCCUAGACGAUGCCAAGCUGGUCGAAUCGCAACAAAUCAUCUGCACCAUUUACCUGCUCGUGGGAAGCGCUCUGGUGGCCAUGUGCUUCAACCUCAUGCAGGAGGAGACGAUCGAGAACCUCAAGAGCUUUUGGAGAAACUUGGGUUGUCUUAGAAGGAGGGAGGUUGAGGACCCGGAUGUUGAGCUCCGCGAUCAUAUUGAAGGGGACGGCGGUUGAGGUUGAUAUUGAGGAUGUCUGUCUGUUUGUUUGUCUGUCUAUCUGUCUGGUUCUGGCUCUCUCUCUCUCUCUCUCUCUCUCUCUCUCUCUCUCUCUCUCUCUCUCUCUCUCUCUCUCUCUCUC